CAUCUACCCGCCCUGCGGUCGGCGCAAGAUCAUCCUGUCGGACGAGGGCAAGAUGUACGGUCGGAAUGAGCUGAUCGCCCGCUACAUCAAGCUCCGGACCGGGAAGACCCGCACCAGGAAGCAGGUGUCCAGUCACAUCCAGGUGCUGGCUCGGCGAAAAGCCCGGGAGAUCCAGGCCAAGCUAAAGGAUCAGGCAGCUAAGGACAAGGCCCUGCAGAGCAUGGCUACCCUGUCGUCCGCCCAGAUCAUCUCGGCCACGGCCUUCCACAGUAAAAUGGCCCUCGCCCGGGGCCCGGGCUACCCGGCAGUCUCAGGGUUUUGGCAAGGAGCUUUGCCGGGCCAAGCCGGGACAUCCCACGAUGUGAAACCUUUCUCUCAACAAACCUACACUGUCCAGCCGUCGCUGCCUCUGCCAGGGUUUGAGUCUCCCACAGGACCCGCCCCAUCACCCUCCGCGCCCCCGGCACCCCCAUGGCAGGGCCGCAGCGUGGCCAGCUCCAAGCUCUGGAUGUUGGAGUUCUCUGCUUUCCUAGAGCGGCAGCAGGACCCCGAUACGUACAACAAGCAUCUGUUCGUGCACAUUGGCCAGUCAAGCCCCAGCUACAGCGACCCCUACCUCGAAGCCGUGGACAUCCGCCAGAUCUACGACAAGUUCCCCGAGAAGAAGGGUGGCCUCAAGGAGCUCUUUGAGCGGGGCCCCUCCAACGCCUUCUUCCUUGUCAAAUUCUGGGCAGACCUCAACACCAACAUCGAGGACGAGGGCAGCUCCUUCUACGGCGUCUCCAGCCAGUACGAGAGUCCUGAGAACAUGAUCAUCACCUGCUCCACCAAGGUCUGCUCCUUCGGCAAGCAGGUGGUGGAGAAGGUGGAGACCGAGUACGCUCGCUAUGAGAAUGGCCACUACUCGUACCGCAUCCACCGGUCCCCGCUCUGUGAGUACAUGAUCAACUUCAUCCACAAGCUGAAGCACCUUCCUGAGAAGUACAUGAUGAACAGCGUGCUGGAGAACUUCACCAUCCUGCAGGUGGUCACCAACAGGGACACACAGGAGACCCUGCUGUGCGUGGCAUACGUCUUUGAGGUGUCGGCCAGUGAGCAUGGGGCUCAGCACCACAUCUACCGCCUGGUGAAGGAAUAAGGCCGGGGAGCAGGGAGUGGGGAGGGGACCUGCACGGGCGGCCCCCCGCCCCGAAGUGCCAAGAGCGUUGAGGUCAUGACUCUUCCACCCAGGAACGAACUGUCUGAAUCUGCAGUGCCUACCCCAAAUAAACCCAAGAUCUGUGUAUUUUCA